AUGUUGAUGCUGCGCAGGCGCACAUUUUCAGGUGGAAGCACGCCACCCAGAACAAGAGCCGAAAAAACCUCGCGAGAUAUUUUCAAUUUCGCGGUCUACCUUCCUCGUUUCAUUGUAAGAUUUUGUGCUUUCCCUCGACCCGUCUUAAAAAUGGCGACUCGGGCGAAUGCACGAUUGAAAUCCUACAAGAACAAAGCUUUAGAUACUGCAGAGAUGAGGCGAAGGCGAGAAGAAGAAGGAGUACAACUCCGUAAGGCCAAACGGGAAGAACAAGUAAGAAAAUAUGUACAAAAUUGCAGCGUGUUUGUACGUAAAUUUUCGAUUGAUGUUUUUCAAACAUUGUCUCUGGAUUCUUCAAUUGUUACCGUCACGGCCUCGUGUGUUUCCUUGUAGAUGUUUAAAAGAAGAAAUGUUGAUGUGACAGGAAAAUCGUCUACGCAGCCUGGUGAACUGGAGAGUCUUCUUACCACUAACCACGUUGGUCAGGUAGGGAAAGCCUACUAUGUGUGUCGCAAUACAUUCGCAAAAACUUAAUUAAGACCUUGUUUAGUGCUUGGUGAAGAAGAAUUCCUUUAUUUAGUCAUUUGAUUGUAUUGACAUUAUUAUUUGCUGAACUUAUUUGUUUUAAAUGCUUUAAAACUAUGUUACAAAGUCACUUGUCAUAUUCGUGCUUAUAUAUGAGCUCCGCAACAAUUAUCGUUCCCGGUCUCCUUAAAUCCGGAAACUUUAAGCUCAUAUGAGUUACAAACAUACAUCAUGUUCCAUAAAUAUUUGCCAUUUCUAUUUUGUCUAUGAACUAAAAUGAGUGAUUUUCUUGAAACGGAACCAUGCUCAUUUUCGUGCAUUUCCUUUUACAUCGCGUUUAUUUAAUUGAAAUUAUAAAUCAGUGCACGUCAUCAAUGAAGAAGUUUUUUUUUCGUGUGAUUCGUCUUUGUGGUGUUACAUUCAAAGCCCAAAUGUUAUCAUUUCUCAAAUGAUUUUUUUAAUGUUGUCGACAUCAAGUAUUAAAUUUGUUGGUAGCUUACACGAUUCUAGUAACUUAAUUACUUCUCGUCUGUCGCUUGAUACUUUUUUUACGCAUUAGUUGGUUAUACUUGAAUUAUGGACAUCAUUUAAAGUGACCAUGCCUUGAAAUAAACUCAUACACUUCUAUCCUUUAGAAGGUGACAUUUGGGCUGCAUCCUCUCUGUCAGAAACAGUGAGUUUUGAAGCCUACCAGCCCUUUGAAAUUUUAUCAGCCUUCAUAUAAGAAUAUAGGGAUUGCUUGGGGCUACUCUUGUAUUGUGUGAUCCAAAUCAAAUUUUCUCAGUUUACAACCAGCCCGAAUUUUUGGGGUUGUAUCAUUACAGGAAGGCUUAAUUCUGUUCCAAAAAUAAUGCAUGGACUAAAACUAGUCACUUUAAAGCAAGCAAAUUGACUUUCAUUCUUAUUUGGUAUUUACAAUCAAUGCAAAAAGCAGUGCAAAACUUGGAAUUAAUAGUUCAGUUCUUGUAUGUGUUGUAUGACAAAGCAUGCUUAAAACUUUAAGUUUUGAGCAGUCAAGUAGAUGUGAUAUUCUAGUCAUGAGCACUCAAAUUUUAGUCUCAUUGCUAAGCAAGUGACUAGUAGUAAAAUGAGACACUGUCAAUUGUUUUUUUCUUUUGUCAGGAUGUAUUUUCACCUGAUGUAGUGGAAGCAUUAUACUCAGAAGAACAGGAGAAGCAGUUAGCAGCUAUGCAAAAAUUCAGAAAACUUUUAUCAAAAGGUUUGUUUUAUGUCACAAAGUUUGGUGUUUGCUUAUGCUUGUCUAAGACGUAAAAUUGUUUUUUGUUUUUACUGUAAUUAUUUUUUUUACUAAUGUUCUGUUAUUAUUAUUAUUGUGAUUGCUGUUGAAAAGGUUCUUACCUUUCAAACAAAUUCAUACCUCUGUAGACCAUGUUUACACAAUCCCCUCUGGCAUGAUACAAAAACCUCAGUGAUUUAGACAACAAUAACUUUAUUUGUUGUAACAAUCACUGAGCUUAACAAGAUGCACAACUGUUUUCAAAUAAUGCUUAUUUGGCCAAUCCUCUCAUCUCAGGUCUGGCACCAGCUUAACCAGGACUUCAGAAUUCAAAUCAAACACCAAACAGGAAUUCUGAUUUUUUAACCUUCCCUGCUAUUUUCCACUCAACCCUGCAGAAAAAAUUGCCAGAGAUUUUUUUUUUCAAAGCAGUACUUUUGUGUUGGUGUUCAAAUAGUGUUCUAUGAAUUUACAUGGCGAAACCUUAAAUUUUUGUUGUGUGGCCUUUGCUGAAACAUGGUACAUAACCAUUGUGCUCAAUAUUCCUGAGCUAUGCUCCAGGGGAAAGAGUGCUUCCACAUUUACAGCUAACUUUGUUAUUAAUGUAACUUUUUUAUUGUUGUUGCUCGCAGAACCCCACCCACCAAUUGAUGAUGUAAUUAGGUGUGAGGUUAUUCCUAGAUUUAUCUACUUCUUGCAGCGAAAUGACAAUAGCAUGUUACAGGUAGGAUAUUUUAAAGGCAGGGUUUUCCUUUUUGGAAUAGAAUGUGUUAUAGGUAGGGUCGAAACAAGUUGGUUUUAAUCUCAAAUGACUGGAUUUCUCAUUUUUCGUUAGCCAGAGACCAAGUAAUUACCCUAUUUUUGUUCCCCUAAAACAGUUUUGAAGCGAACAGAAUGAUUGUUUGAUAGGCGCUGAUACAGUUUAUGUUGAAAGGAAAACAGACUUAAGGUCCAAAGUAAAUGUUAAAUCUGUGACCUACUCAAUGCUUAUAGUUAUUGUACAUCUUGUAUUGAUUAUGACUUGUUUUCAGUAAUUUUCUCAAUAAUUUAUUUCAAAGUUUGAAGCUGCUUGGGCACUGACAAAUAUUGCAUCUGGGACAUCACCACAAACCCAGUGCGUGGUUCAAGCUGGGGCCGUCCCUGUGUUCAUUACAUUACUUGAAUCCCCACAUGUAGAUGUUCAGGAGCAGGUCAGUUUAGUUUAACAAAGCAAUUUAACUUACAUAGAAGCAUGUUCUUUUCUUGGCUUCCUAGACUAAAGAAGCUAAGAGUAUUGCCACUCCUCAUUCCAGGUUACUUAAUUUUUUCCCAAAUCUGUAGAAUGAUGUUGUGGUGGGUUGUCUUGUCUUAAGGUUUCUUUUUAUCAUUGACCUUUUAGGCAGUCUGGGCUCUUGGAAACAUAGCUGGAGAUAGUGCAGAGUGCAGAGAUUAUGUUCUUAACUUAGGGAUGUUACAGCCAGUUCUGGAGUAAGUUAACAGAUGGAUCUAUUGUAUAGUUUUUGUCUCUACUUUUUUCAUUUCUCAAGCUACAUUUCCAUAGCAUGUUUGAGAAAAUAUGCUUCUGUUAAGUAUUUGAAUUAAGGGAGGAUAUUUCAAACCAUUAACCUUCUUCUGAUAUUUGAGGAGAGUGGUUGUUUCUAAGAUUUUUGUAACCAGUGCUGCCUUUUAAAGCCAGCUGUCUUGGUUGAACAAAUAAGAGUAAAGUGCUCAAUUUCUUUAUUUAGUGUGGUCAAGGUUAUAUUGUUUGCUGACAACUGUUUUUUUUUUUUUUGAAGGCUAUUAAAGCAGUCACCAAGGAUAUCAAUGACAAAGAACUUAGUUUGGGCCUUGUCCAAUUUGUGUAGAGGAAAAAAUCCACCACCUGACUUCUCAAAGGUAUUCUAUGUGAUGUUUCCUGAUGCAUUUUUAGUCAAAUCUAUUGGAAAGCUGUCUUUCCAUUGGAAUGAUGCAAACAGUUGCAUUUGGAAUUGGCAUGUAGCUGAGGAGUAGUGUUCAUCCCAUGAGAGGCACAAAGGAGAGUGUAAACAGCAGUCUUGUGCAGGGUUCUUCACCAUUUAUCUGUUCUCAUUAUGGCUAAAGAAUGACACUUGAGAAUGGGGUUUGCUCAUUUAAAAAUGUCAAUGCAGUCAAGGUGACAGCCUUAAAGGCGGAACACAUCAUCUGCAUUUAGAAUCAAAUGCUUUCGGAUAUAACUACUGUGAUAAUAAUUAGAGGGAAAAAUGAGGGUUAGAACAGUUAUUUGAAAGUGUUACAAUUAAAAACAAUUUUUAUGACGUAAAGAAUGAUCUACACUCAUUGUAUUUAUUCUAGGUGUCUGCAUGUUUGCCAGUACUAGCUCGUCUUCUCUUUAUUAAUGAUCCUGAUGUCCUCGCUGAUUCAUGCUGGGCACUGUCGUAUCUGUCAGAUGGUCCGAAUGAGAAGAUUCAAGCAGUCAUAGAUUCUGGUGUUUGCAGAAGAUUAGUAGAACUAUUAAUGUAAGACUUAAAACAGUCUUAAUUUGAACACAAUUUAUGAAUGAUAUUUAAGUCUCACCAUAUGUCUCAGCACAAUCCAGUGAGUUCUACACAACCAGGAAAUUGGUUUAACUGAAAAAUAAUUUCACAACAAUAAGGUAUUGUCAUUUGUCUUUGAAAAGAAUUUCUUUGAUUUGAGUCGCAGAUUUUUUUGUGUGCUAUUCAUCGUCUUAAAACCCAGACUGGAAGCAGCUGUGCCAUGAGAAACAAUGUCCAUAUAUUGUACCAGUGCUAUAGUUUGAACUGGUUUGGUUUGUGUACAUCUUCAUGUCUUAUUUAAUUUUUUUUCUUUGUUGCAGGCACAAUCUUAGUCAUGUUGUUUCAGCAGCACUCAGAGCAGUGGGAAAUAUUGUAACUGGUGAUGAUGUACAAACUCAGGUAGAGCUUGGGUCUCUUUUUUUUUCUCAAUCCAGUAUUAGGAAUCAUGGUUUUAGUGUUUUACCUAUUCAUACUAGUAAGUGCCAUAUGAGAGCAAUUUCCAUACAAGUGUUAAAAGUAGUUCAACAUUAUGAUAGUUUUGCUCACCAUUGCAGAGUGUUUGAUAUUAAAAAAAAAUUGUGCCACUCCCUCAACCAAUCAGAUUGAAAACUAAAAACACCGGAACCUGUGGUAACUUGUCUUUUUACUGUUUUGGUGCAACAGAUCAUCCUAAACUGCAAUGCUCUUCCAAGUCUAUUACAUCUAUUAAGCAAUUCAAGAGAAAGCAUCAGAAAGGAGGCAUGCUGGACAAUAUCUAACAUCACAGCUGGUAAUAGAGCACAGAUUCAGGUAAGGUUGGAUGCGCUAAAUAGGAUCAAAAAUUAUAUAGGAUGUAGGAUAAAUGGUUUAUUUCUAAUCACUUUGCAACUUAAAAAAAAAGAAUUACACAAUUAUUACAAAGGAUAAUAUCAGUAAUAACAUUAAAAAGAACUAUCAGUGGUUUAAAGCAAGUUUGUUAAAAAAUUUGUUUGUGUAUCUGUUACAUUUGUAAAUAAAAUAUGUCGAUUAGAUAUAAAAUUCCAAUAAAUUAGUUUGGGAUUUAAGCUUAAUAAUGUUAAUCAUUACCCUUGCUUUCUAAUGCCUACUUUUUUCAAUAGGCUGUGAUUGAUUCUAACAUUAUUCCCAUGUUGGUGGAGAUCCUCGCCAAGGCAGAGUUUAAAACAAGAAAAGAAGCAGCAUGGGCUAUAACCAAUGCCACCUCUGGAGGAACAGCGGAGCAGAUCAAGUGAGUUAGUAGUGAUUACAGUUAUUCUAGCAAGCAUAUAUUUAGGAGGGUGAGGUGAAUAUUGCUAUGAUGAAGUGUAGGAUAUUUAUUGUACAUCUUUCACUGAAACUAGCAAUUGCUUUUGUUUAUUGCCCUCUGGAGAUUGUUAGAUAAAUUGCAUUGUUUCCCACCCACAGAUUGGUUCAACUGAAUUUAGUUGAAGUCCUUGUUGAUUACCUAUUUGUUUUAAGUGACCCUGGUAAUGGUAGUGGCACUCUAAAAAUUCGGACCUCAAGUAUCAAACUUUGUAAUAAGAAAUGUAAUGGCACUCAGUAAUAAGCAUGGGUAGAUUUGUUUUAGUGACGAUGCAAUAUCUAACUAUGUCCAGCUAGACUAGGUUUUUCAUGAUAACACAGGCAGGUUUUUUUUUUCCUUGGACAGAUACCUUGUGAGUCAAGACGUAAUUAGACCUCUUUGUGACCUGUUAACUGUUAUGGAUUCAAAGAUAGUUCAAGUAGCACUCAGUGGACUAGAGAACAUCCUCAGAAUUGGAAAGCAGGAUGCACUUCAAACAGAUGGUGUCAACCAGUUCGCUGUCAUGGUAGAGGAGGCAUACGGUAAGGAAUUUGUUUCUGCUUCUGAUGCAGAAACACCGUAAUUCAUGAUGUACGUCUACAAUGUGUACCAUCAGACCCAGGAAACUACAAUAGCUGAAUCAAAUUUGACAGAGAAAAUGUUUCGUUCUUCCAUAGGCUUGGACAAGAUUGAAUUCCUUCAAAGUCACGACAAUGAAGAAAUCUACAGAAAAGCGUUCGAAAUAAUUGAGUACUAUUUCAGUGGCGAAGACGAGGACGAUAAAAUCAUGCCAGGCAUUGAUCAGAAUUCCGACCAAUACCAAUUUGGGGCUGGCGUUGCCAUGCCUCAUGGAGGUUUCCAAUUGUAAACAGUGGGUUACACGAUUCAGUGGAGACUUGAGUUAUUCCCCAUCCCUACAGUGGACGAGACAUGCUCUUCCAGACAAUGGAGGAGUCGUAGACAACCGUCCAAGCUUCCCUGACCUUCCCCUCCCCUCAUGAAAAUGCCACGCAUACACUUACCCUGAGUGUAAAAAGCGCGGGCGGAUAUGCCCAUCGCGUAUGAGCGAGUAGAGAGAGAGUGAGAUAUAUUAUGGUGCGUCCCAAAGAACUUCCCACCCAACAAACCCCAUAAUAAAAAGACCCCACGGACAUUCCUGCCCCCGUCAAUAGGGGCAAAGCGCAACAGCGCACUGAAAGAAAGUACCCCAAGGAUAUUUCCCUUAAUAAUUGGCAAGAACGAAGAGAGAGAGCAACCGAGUGAUUAGUUAAUGUUAGCUUUGUUGAACUUCAACCAGUGCAGAAAAUGAAAAUGUACAGUACACUUGUUAUCUUGGACAAACCAAAG